AUGGUCCCCAUCCCAGCUCCGGACCAUCUGACCAACUCUCUCGUGAACCCACAGCAACUCCUGGACCUCCAGAAUCGAGAAGGUGAAGAUGGACCAUCUCUCCGAUUUGCCCUGGCGCAGUUGACGAGCGCCGCUGGUAUUCUACUCCGACUGCCACAGGAAGUAAUCGCGCAAGCGACCGUUCUGUUGCUACGGUUCCUACUCUCCAGUCGAGCCGAAGACCGAGAGGGAUUCAGUGCGAAGACCUACUCCGCAGCCGCCAUCUACCUCUCCGCAAAGAUAUCUAUGACACCGGCAUCGCCUCGCUCGGUCAUCAACGUCUACGCAUUCCUGGCCUCGAAGGCAUCGCCUCUUUCAUUUGUCAAUCCCGAGGGGAGCGGUGGAGAUCAAGAUCCGAACACCUACUUCGUCUCCGAAGGGACAUAUGAGAAAGAGCGACAAAGACUGUUCGUCUGCGAAAGUAUGAUCCUCGCGGGUCUGGGGUUUGAGACACACGUCGCGCUCCCGCAUGGCCUGGCAUUGACGUAUCUGCAAGCGCUGGGCGUCUCCACCAGCAGUUUGGCCAAAAGAGUGUUUGAACAUCUCAACGGAGGGCUACUGUCUCCGCAAUUGCUCUAUCUGACACACCAACCCAACGCGCUGGCGGUGGGGGCGAUAUACCUCGCCGCACGAGAGAUUGCUGUCAAAUUGGUGGAGCAGAAUUGGUGGGAGGUCUUUGACGUCGACAGAGAGGAUCUGGGGUUCCUGGUCCUGGCGUUUGGCAGUCUGGAGAACUUUGCGGCAGCCGAGAGGGAGAAGUGGAUUGGGAGGGCCAUGCCCUUUGAUUGA